AUGAAGUACACACUAGCAGCCAAGGUCAUGGAGACAUGCCCGGAAUGUAUGCUUUUCAACUGGCAAGUCGAAAAUGUGUGUGUUGUAUUUAGAUCCUGGCACACUAGUACACCCCUGGGUCUUUUUGGAUCAUGCCUUAUUAUAUUUGCUAUCGCUGCUGGCUAUGAGUACCUUCGAUCGUGGUCUAGCACUCUCGAUCAACAAUGGGCUGAUGCAGAGUGGAAAAAACAAGCAGGUGGAAGAAUGGAAGUCGGCCACCAUGAAAGUGACCUGGAGUCUUCCGAGUCUGAAGUUCCUUUGAGAGUUGGAGGAAUCCGUGAAUCUGUGAGAUUGAGUAAGCGUCAAGAAAUAAUUCGAUCUAGUGUCUAUGCCACAUUGGUAGCCAUCAGUUUCUGGCUAAUGCUGGUCUUCAUGACUUAUAAUGGCUAUCUGAUGAUUUCCGUUGUCCUGGGAGCUGGUGUUGGACACUAUGUGUUUGGAAGGGGACAUUUGAGUGCUAGUCGAUCAAUCCAGUGUCACUAGCCUUUAAGAUAUGUUGAAAAAUUUUGUAUCUUUACACACACACACAUAUAUAUAUAUAUAUAUGUUAUUUAUUUAUUUGAUUGCCUGGGGAUGUUCUAUAAUGAUAAAUCUCAAAGCAUGUGUUUGGGAGAUUGGGUGGGUGAAUUAUGGAUAUAAUACAAAAUACCACCAAUUAAAUAUUGACAAAAAAUAAUGGUAUUGUUAUUGGACCAAACGAAAUAAAGCAAAGCAAGACAAUAGUGAAAACCACUU